AUGCCUACACGCAUCCUCGAAGUAAGCGAAGACAAGGUCAGACUUCGAUGCGACAUAGCCACCAAAUCCUACGAAUACCUCGUUCUAAGUCAUAUGUGGGGACAAAACCACGGUCAGCAACUCCUUCUCCAAGAGGCCAACAUUGAAGACUUCAAAAGAGACAUACCCAUGCAGAAGCUCGGCACUUCAGCGACGUUUCGCGAAGCCAUCAGAGUAACGCGGACACUAGGAUACCGCUACAUCUGGAUAGACAGUCUCUGCAUCAUACAGGACUCGAAGAGCGAUUGGGAGUAUGAAGCGACGAGAAUGGCUACCGUGUAUGGGAACGCUGUAUGCAACAUCGCGUGUCUCUUUCCACCGAACAACGACCAGCAACCGACUACGAGAGAAGAUCCACGCGUUUGGCAUCCGUGUAUCCUGCGUCCUGCAACAUCUUCGCAACCGGGCGUAUACGUCGAGCAUGUGAACAGAGCGUGGAUACUUGGCGACAAGCGCUACGGUCGAGACUGGUUGCUGCAAAACCAAUGGCCCUUAUUCCAGCGAGCGUGGACAUUCCAAGAAUACCUCCUCAGUCCGCGUACCCUUCUGCUUGGCCACAAAAACCUCAUGUACCAAUGCAGUCAAUUCUUCUACGACGAGCUCCUCGGGCCCAUCGGCUCCAUUCCCAACCCAUCCACCACCACACCUGUCACACCGGAAACCCCGAGUCUAGAUACCGACCUCUGCAAAUCAAAAUACUUCCCUCCGUCUCUCUCCAGCCUAUCGAAACUGUCUUCCUCCGACCCCUGCGCACCAGUCCUCCUAUCCUUCCUACGCAACUGGCUCUCCCUAAUAAACGAAUACCGUGCACAAUCAUAG